AUGACUACCCGCAAGAGAAAGCAAGAGACUGAGGAGGAGCUCCAGGCCCUUCCUAGCGAUGAGAGUGAAGAGGAGGAAGAGUAUGAAGACUCCGAACCCGACGUAGAGGAAGGAAGCGAUGAGGGAGAACAGGAAGAGGUGGAAGGAGAGUCGGAGUCUGACGAAGAUGAGGAAGGGGAAGGAGAAGGAGCAGAAGAAAAACCAAAAGCAGAAGGCAAAGACAAAGGCAAAGACAAAGGCAAAGAGAAAGGCAAAGAGGAUGGCGCCCCGGCAGCCAAGAAACAGAAGACUGAAGCCAUUCCCGUCGAUGAUGACGAGGGUUCCGAGGGCGCGAACGGCGCAAGUGGCGAACGAGACGAAGAGCCUGGUGAGGAAGACGCCGAGGAAGAGAGUGCCGCUGAUACCGCCACGAAGAGUGUUCCGGCUGCCAGUGCUGCUCGAGCUAAGGACGGUGCUGUUCCUAAGGAGUCAGAUCUGUCUGAAAUUGAGGCGGCUGAAGAAGAGGAGUGA